GGUGACCUCCUCGGCCAAGGCUCCUCCGGCGAGGUCAGGAGCGCCCUCUACAACGGUACCACCGUCGCCGUCAAGACUCUCUGCUCCCAGCUCGACGUCCGCUCCAACGAGGGCAAGGACCUGCUCAAGGAGAUCGGCAUGAUGAGCCACGCGUUCCGGCACAAGAACGUGGUUGAUUUCUACGGCAUCUACGAGCACGACGGGCUGCCGUGGCUGGUGAUGGAGCUCAUGCCCGGCGGGAGCCUCGAGCACUACUACGAGGCCAAGAAGCGCUCCCGACUCGACGGGCGCUGGCGGCCCAAGACGAGGAGGGCGGUGUCGUGGGUGGAGGACAUCCUGAGCGCGCUGGCGUACCUGCACUCGCAGAAGCCGCCGGUGAUCCACCGAGACAUCAAGCCGGCGAACAUGCUGCUGACGGGGGACGGGAGGACGGUGAAGAUCGGAGACUUCGGGCUCAGCCGCAUGUUUGAAUGCAGUAGCAGACUUGAGCUGACGGGUACGACGGGGACGUACCGGUACAUGGCGCCGGAGAUCUUCCGGGGAGAGACUCGGUACACUGCAGCAGUGGACGUGUACUCGUUCUCGCUGGUGAUGUGGUACAUCUUCGCCGGCGAGCAUCCCUUUGCCGAGAUGGAUGGACACACGGUUGUGAGCAUGGCGGCGAGACAAUACAUUCGCCCGGGGCUGUCGAGCGUUGCAAGGAUGCCGAGGGAGCUACAGGAGAUGAUGAAGCGGGCAUGGGCGGGGAGGGGGGAGGAACGGCCGGGGGCAGAGGAGCUACUGGAGGAGGUGGAGGCAUGGAGAGGAAAGAAUGUGAGCUGUGUAAGCUAUUUCGGAUGGAAUCGCAGUCGCGGAAAACGAUACCCGGAAAUUUGUUCUAAAAAUUGUUAG